UGCUCCACGCACACACAAUCACAGAGCCCCCCAAUCCCUCCGUGGAUUAAACUAGUUCCGCAAAAGCAGAGAAGCCACCGCCUCCCUCCUUGGUUUUGCUGCUCGAUCUCCUCUCUCUUUUUUUUCUUCUCUCUCCCCCUCCCUCCCUCCAUCGCUCGCCGUAAAGAAGCCAUAGGCAGGCGGAUAGGAGAGGAGCGAGUAGCGUAGCAGCUCGUCAGGGUGCGGAGGAGAUCGAGUGGAGGGGAAAGAGAAAAAAGAGAGCAAUCGAGUGUUUCUGCUCCCCGGCUGGAAAGUAUCCCAUCUUUUCUUUUCCCUGGGGAAGCUGAAUUGGUCGAUUGAUUCGCGUGCUGUGUGUGCGUGCGCGGUCAUGGCGACGAGGCGGAGCUAGCCAGUGGAGGAGUCACGCUUCUUCUUGAUUUCUUCGGCGCCGAGGGGAGAAUUAUUGGUGUUUGGGAGGUAGGAGGGGUCCGGGAGCAAGCUAGCUGAUGUACGGCUCGCCGGCGUCCAAGGAUCUGAACCAGCCGCCGCCGCCGAUGAACUCCUCCGGCCUCCUCAGGUACAGAUCGGCGCCCAGCACGCUGCUCGGCGAGGUCUGCGAGGAGUUCCUCCAGCCCGGCCCCCGCGCCGCCAGCCCCGACGCCGCCGCCGCCGACAACGUCUUCUCCCGCUUCCUGGCCGACCACCAGAUCCGAGACACCAAGCCGCCGCCGCCGCCGCCCGUCGCCCCCGGGGCCCACUUCCCUGAUGACUCCGCCAUGGCGUCCCAGCAGCACCAGCAGCAGAUGAUGUUCCACUCCCAGCAACAGCACCAGCAGCAGAUGCCCCCCGUCGGCGUCGAGGGGCUCUACCGCACCGUCAGCUCCGCCGGGAUGGACUCGGCCGCGGCGGCCACCGCCGGCGGCGCCAGCAGCCUACUCCGGCAGAGCAGCUCCCCCGCCGGCUUCCUCAAUCAUUUGAACAUGGACAACGGGUACGAGAGCAUGCUGAGGCAAGGCAUGGGCGUCGGCUUCCGGAACGGCGCCGCCAACGCCGCCGCCGCGGCCGUGGACUCCUCCGGCGGCGGGGGCGGCAGGCUCAAGGGCCAGCUCAGCUUCUCGUCGCGGCAGGGGUCGCUCAUGUCCCAGAUCUCGGAGAUGGGCAGCGAGGAUCUCGGCGGCAGCAGCCCCGAGGGCGCCGGAGGCAGCCGCGGCUACAUCCCCGGCUACCCGAUGAGCUCGGGGUGGGAGGAGUCGUCGCUCAUGUCGGAGAACAUGUCCGGGAUGAAGCGCCCACGGGACUCCUCAGAGCCUGCUGCCCAGAACGGGCUGGCGCACCAGUUCAGCCUUCCCAAGACCUCGUCGGAGAUGGCCGCCAUCGAGAAGUUCCUCCAGUUCCAGGACGCCGUGCCCUGCAAGAUCCGGGCCAAGCGCGGGUGCGCCACGCACCCCCGCAGCAUCGCCGAGCGGGUGAGGAGGACAAGAAUCAGCGAGCGAAUCAGGAAGCUGCAAGAACUCGUCCCAAACAUGGACAAGCAAACCAACACGGCUGACAUGUUGGAUCUGGCUGUCGACUACAUCAAGGAGCUCCAGGAGCAGGUCAAGGUGAUCAACGAGAGCCGCGCCAACUGCACCUGCUCGGCGAGCAAGCAUCAGCAGUACUCUGGUUGAGAGAAGAAGCUCAUCUCUAGAAGAAGCUCCACUGUACAAGACCUGGAGAAUUUAGAAACAAGAUUAUUUGGGGGAAGUGUAAUGCAUGGUAGUAGCUUUUCGUUUUCUUUGCGGUUUGGGUAUAAGCAAGCAGAGGCAGGAGGGUGCGCAAUGGAGCAGUGGCAUCAUCAAGGAUUCAAGGAAGCAAAGGGUGGAGAAGGGAGCAAGGGGAAGGAAGAUGGAGGCCGGAGAAAGAAUUGUACAGUAUAGUUUUUGCUGUAACUUCGCUAUAUCUGGUGCAUUCCCAUAGAAAGUUACUGCCAUUGUUGUCAGCACUGCUGCAGGGAGCUCUAGGCUGCCGUAGCCUCUCUCUCUCUCAUUUAACACCAUCACUACUCACGCGGUCACAGUCCAAAAACCAAUAAAAUAUCGCACCGGCUUUGCUUC